UCAUAAAUUACCGUACCAUUGAACACCCAUGGAGCCACACGAGUCCCGUUGUCAUCCCUGUAUUACUCACACACACACAACUGCUAUCUGCUCUCUCCAAACCGUGCAGCAAUUCCUCUCUUCCCUCUAUCCACCCCUCCCAUGGCGGAACCAAUGGCUGUCGACUCCAAUCCCGAAUCCGGUCUCGACUUCGAGUCCCCUUUCGCCUGGGGGAAGAAGCGAGGCAUGGGAGGCAAAAAGAAGGACGUGCAGUUCUACGAGUCAUUCUCCUUCGACGGUGCCGAGUACGCCAUAAACGACACCGUAUGCCUCCAGAGCGGGAUCGGCGGUGGCGAGCCCCACAUCGGGAGGCUGAUCAAGAUCUGGGAGACCCGCGACAAGUCCAGGAAGGUGAAGGUGCAGUGGUUCUUCCGCCCCGCCGAGAUCUGCAAGUACUUGGUUGGGAUCGAAGUGAAGCCGAACGAGUUGUUCCUCGCGUGCGGCGGCGACGGCGCCAAGGGCUUUGCCAAUGUCAAUCCUUUGGAAGCUAUUGUAGGGAAAUGCAAUGUUGUUUGCAUUUCUAAGGACGUUGGGAAUCCGCAACCGUCAGGUGAAGCAAAGGCUGAUUAUGUGUACUAUCGUUUCUUUGAUGUUGUGCAAUUGAAAGUAGUGGAUCAGAUAGAUGUCAAGGUUGCUGCGGGAAUUGAAGUUAAAAAUGUUUCCAACAAAUGAGAUAGUCAAAAGCACGUUGGUGUUGUGAAACUCGGUCCAAGACAAGAUAAAAGUUAGUGGGAAUGGCAAGUAAAGUAUUGAAGUAGAUAUUUCAGGUAAAAAACAGAGUUAGCCUGAAAUUGAAAAGGUAGCCGGCAAAUAUGUUGAUGUAAUUAAGUUAUUAAGUUCUACCUCCCACCAAAAAUCAAAAGUUAUACCGUAGUAGCUACUGUAAUUAAGCUAUUACUACUGCGGCUACUGUAAGUCAUUUACUGCUGCAGAUGCUGCUGCUUAGAAUUAGGAUUUACUUUAAUCUGUAGACAUGGAUAUGGUGUGUGGAAGGAAAAUAAUACUAAUAUCCUUUUUGAACUCGAGA